CAACCAUGCAACAAAACAAGAGGUUUAAUAAAGUCUCUGUAGUGUGAAGCCAAUCUCUGUACAACCGCCGGCGACGACAACCGUUGAUCGGCUACCCAAGCUGCCACUCCCGCCGUCCGAUCAGAAUCCAAAUCCAAUUCUCAAGCACGUCACCCACCGCUUCGUCUAAGCAAUUAUCAACUGCAAUUUUUAGCUUCCGGAGAAAUUAACUCUGUAAUACACUUACGUCUACAGAAAUUUUAUACUGUUGUCGCCAGCGAUGGGUUUGUCGCCAAACGCGGCGGCGGUGGCGCUGACGUGGAUGAUGACGCGCGCUUUCUAUUUGGAUUCACAAGAUAUCGAAUUUGGGGACCCAUGGUGGUUCGUGUACGCCGGCGUAUCCUGCUUCCUUGUACUUUUCGCCGGAGUCAUGUCCGGUCUGACCUUGGGAUUGAUGUCUCUCGGACUUGUUGAGCUUGAAAUCCUCCAGCGAAGCGGCACCGCUGCCGAGAAGAAACAAGCUGCAAUCAUUUUGCCGGUUGUUCAAAAGCAACAUCAACUGCUCGUCACUCUACUUCUCUGCAAUGCUGCUGCAAUGGAGGCUCUUCCAAUAUAUCUGGAUAAACUAUUUCAUCCUGCUGUUGCUGUUAUACUCUCGGUGACUUUUGUUCUUGCCUUCGGUGAGAUCAUUCCGCAAGCCGUGUGCUCUAAACAUGGGCUGGCUGUUGGUGCAAAUUUCGUUUGGCUCGUGCGUGCUUUAAUGAUAAUCUGCUAUCCUAUAGCCUACCCAAUCGGAAAGAUUCUGGAUGCUGUGCUAGGACACCAUGAUGCUUUGUUUAGGCGACAGCAGUUGAAAGCACUCGUCUCUAUCCACAGCCAGGAGGCAGGUAAAGGUGGUGAGCUUACUCAUGAUGAAGCAACCAUCAUUAGUGGAGCACUGGAUUUGACUGAGAAGACUGCAGAGGCAGCUAUGACACCUAUUGAAUCUACUUUCUCCCUUGAUGUGAAUUCCAAAUUGGAUUGGGAAGCCAUUGGAAAGAUUCUUGCAAGGGGUCAUAGUCGAAUUCCAGUGUAUUCAGGAAACCCCAAGAACAUUAUUGGACUUCUACUGGUGAAAACGCUUCUCACUGUGCGGGCUGAGACAGAGACUCCAGUGAAUGCUGUUUCCAUCCGUAGAAUGCCGAGGGUACCGGCAGACAUGCCCCUUUACGAUAUACUCAAUGAAUUUCAGAAGGGAAGUAGUCAUAUGGCAGCUGUUGUGAAGGUCAGACACAGAGAGAAAACUCCCAGUUCUCUCGAUGUUCCUGCAAAAGAUGCCCCCAAAAAGAUUACCAAUGGUUAUUCCGAGUUGACAAUCCCAUUGAUAGACAAGUGCAAUGAACCACCAAGUAGCGUCGUGAUCAAUGUGGAAAAGCCUCAGCAAAAUGGAUUUUCGACAAAUAGCUGGAACAGCGAAUCUCCAGAGACUGAGGAUGGAGAAGUUAUAGGCAUAAUCACCUUGGAAGAUGUUUUCGAAGAACUUCUGCAAGAGGAAAUCGUUGAUGAGACUGAUGUAUAUAUUGAUGUACAUAAGAGGAUACGAGUAGCUGCCGCAGCAGCAGCAGCAGCUUCAUACGUUGCUCGAGCGCCUUCCAAAUGUAGACCUAAUCCAAAACCAUCUUCUGGAGGUCAAGGCAAGAAAGGCCCGACUACGAAGAAAUUGCAGAACCUGGAAGAUGAUGCAUUCUAGUCUCUGCUGGAGCAUUUAGAAGGUCAGAUGUUCUCAACUAAAGUGCUAAUCAUCCUUUAGGCUAGGUUGUCAAAAAGCCAAUACAAUCACUGAAUCACAUAGGAAGUGCAAGAUUUUGUGAUUAGCAGAAUUAUACUUUGUGUCGUGUUCUAGGAAAUUUUCAGCUCAUAUAAUGAUGAAUGUAUCUGCGUAAUGAGAUAUCAGAUUUGCUA